AUGGAGGAAGAGGCCAAAAAGCCUGUGUGCUUAAUAAUUUUAGGCAUGGCAGGAGCGGGUAAAACGUCGUUUACAAGACGAUUAGCAGGAAAAGUCAUUAAUGGUGCAAGGCCCUAUUUAAUAAAUUUAGACCCGGCUUGUCGAGAAGUGCCAUAUCCAGCUAAUAUAGAUAUAAGAGACACAGUAGAUUAUAAGGCAGUUAUGAAACAAUAUGGAUUAGGACCAAAUGGUGGAAUUGUCACUGCUCUGAAUUUAUUCUCAACUAAGUUUGGACAAGUUAUAGAUCUAAUAGAAAAAGCUGGCAAGAAACAUAAAUAUUGUGUUAUUGAUACACCAGGUCAAAUCGAGGUAUUCACAUGGUCAGCAUCAGGUACUAUAGUUACAGAGACCUUGGCAUCAUCGUGUCCCACAGUAGUUGUAUACGUAAUGGACACAGUAAGAAGUGUAUCACCUGUCACAUUCAUGUCUAACAUGUUAUAUGCAUGUUCGAUUCUGUAUAAGACUAGGUUACCUUUUAUUGUUGUUAUGAAUAAGACAGAUGUAGUUGAUAAUGCCUAUGCAGUGGAGUGGAUGAGAGAUUUUGAAGCUUUCCAAGAAGCAUUAGAUUCAGAAGAUAGUGGCGAAGGCAGUUCUUACGUAGGGAAUCUCACUCGGUCUAUGGCACUUGCACUGGAUAAUUUUUAUACUGAUCUAAAAUGUUGUGGAGUUAGUGCUCAUACAGGAGAUGGAAUAGAUGAAUUCUUCAAGUUAGUUGAUGAAGCUGCAGAGGAAUAUGAAAGAGAAUACAAAGCGGAUUGGUUAAAAAUGCGUGAAGAGAAGCUUGCAGCAGAGAAACGAACAGAAGAAGAAAGAAAGAAUAACUCUGACACUAAUGAUGCGGUGUUAGAAAAGAGCAAACUUAUUGAAGAAGUGAUGGGUGGGAGGGAGAUAAGUGAUAUGUAUUUGAAGCAUCCGGGAAAUGAGAGUUCCAGUGAUGAAGAGGGUGAAGAACACAAACCAGAUAUUGAUGACAAACCAGAAGAUGUCCUAGCAUUUCAAGAGUUUAUUAAUAAACAUGUAAAACCCAAUCAUAGUGAGAGCAAAACUUGA